GAAACAUUGAGACAGAGCGCUUGGCACAGGAGUAGCAGGGUCAGGGCGAAGUCCCAGGGCCCCAGGCAUGGCUCUGAGGAUCUCAGGCCCCAAAGGCGGUGUAUGGAUUGGGGAGGUGCAGCGUUGGAGAUUCCCCAUCUCCGCAGGGUUUCUCUUCGCCCUCUCCCAACCUGCGUCAGGUCCUUCUUCCUGGAUACUCACCGGGCGGCCCCAGUUCUCACUCCCAUUGAGAGUCGGGUUUCUAGAGAAGCCAAUCAAUGUAGCCGCGGUCCCGGUUCUAAAGUUCCCACGCACCCACCGGGACCCCGAUUCUCCCCAGUCGCCGAGGAUGGGGUCAUGGCGCCCCGAACCCUCCUUCUGCUGCUCUCGGGGGCCCUGGCCCUGACCCAGACCCGGGCGGGCUUCCACUCCUUGAGGUAUUUCCACACCACCAUGUCCCGGCCCGGCCGCGGGGAUCCCCGCUUCAUCUCCGUGGGCUACGUGGACGACACCCAGUGCGUGCGGUUCGACAGCGACGCCACGAGUCCCAGGAUGGAGCCGCGAGCGCCGUGGAUGGAGCAGGAGAGGCCGGAAUAUUGGGAGGAAGAGACAGGGACCGCCAAGGCCAACUCACAGCUUUACCGAGUGAACCUGCGGACCCUGAGCGGCUACUACAACCAGAGCGAGGCCUAAGUGCAGCUUCAUUCCCUCCCUGUUCGUGUGGCCUGGACUUAAUGACUCACUUCUAACUGAUAGAGUAAUGCUGACAUAAUAGUUUGUGAUUCUGGGUGUAGAACAUAAGACCCACUGAAGUUUCUACUUUGGUUCUUUCUUUCUCUGGAAUCAUGAGCCCUGGGGGAAGCUGGCUGUUGUGUUAUAAGGAGGCCUGUGGAAAGGUCCAUGUGACUAGGAAGUGAGUCCUCCUGGGACCAGACAAUAAGAAGCUAAUGCCUCUUCCAACAGCCACGUGAGAGAUUCUUGUGUCUUGUGAAUCCCCGGCCCCAUUUGAGCCCUCAGAUGAUUCAGCCCUGGAUGACAACUAGACUGUAACGUUGUGAGAGGCCCUGAGCCAGAAGCAUUCAGAGAAACCUCUCCUGGAUUCCUGACCAUUGAAAACUGUGGGAGAUGAUAAAUAUUUGUUGGUUUGAGCUGCUAAGUUGUAGGUGACUGUUAUGCAGCAGUAGAUAACUAAUACAGCUUCACAAGAGAGGAUGAAUCAUUGAACUUUCUCAUUUGCUCUAAAUUCAUUAUAAGAUAUUAAACAUGUCAUUUCCUUUUAAUAUUUAAGAAAAAUUUCCAUGGUUAUAUAA